AAAAAUGCAUAAAGAGCCAAGUGCUUAUAUUCUGGCCAAGUUAUGAGGCUCUGAGAACAAGAGCUUGAGGGGAAAACUUAACCCCAUCCAUGCCACCAGAAUUAGCUCUUUCCCUUUUGGUUUGCAUGUACUGCCUGUAAAGCCUUUGCAGUGAGAGGCCAGCCUGCUAGGGAAAUCCAGGAAUCUGCAACAAAAACGAUGACAGUCUGAAAUACUCUCUGGUGCCAACCUCCAAAUUCUCGUCUGUCACUUCAGACCCCCACUAGUUGACAGAGCAGCAGAAUUUCAACUCCAGUAGACUUGAAUGUGCCUCUGGGCAAAGAAGCAGAGCUAACGAGGAAAGGGAUUUAAAGAGUUUUUCUUGGGUAUUUGUCAAACUUUUAUUCCCUGUCUGUGGGCAGAGGGGAUUCAACUUCAAUUUUCUGUAGCGGUUCUGGGUCCAGCUCCUUACUUAAAGAUCUGGAAAGCAUGAAGACUGGGCUUUUUUUCCUGUGUAUCUUGGGAACUGCAGCUGCAAUCCCGGUGAAAAGGAGAUAAGAAGCAAAGCAGCAAACCAAACCUAAAGGAAUCCUAUACUUUGGCCAGAAGCCGUGGCUCGCCUCUGUAAUCCCAGCAUUUUGGGAGGCCGAGACAAAUGCAAGAUUAUUAUCUGAUCAUUCUAAACCAACUGCUGAAACGGUAGCACUCGACAACACUGCAAUCCCCAAUUUAAGGGCUGAAGAUGCAGAAAAUGAAAAAGAAACAGCAGUAUCCCCAGAAGACCAUUCCCACCAUAAGGCUGAAAAAUCAUCAGUACUAAAGUCAAAAGAGGAAAGCCACGAACAGUCAGCAGAACAGGGCAAGAGUUCUAGCCAAGAGCUGGGACUGAAGGACCAGGAGGACAGAGAUGGUGACUUCAGUGUGAAUUUGGAGUAUGUACCAACUGAAGGUAUAUUGGACAUAAAAGAAGAUAUGAGUGAGCCUCAGGAGAAAAAACCCUCAGAGAACACUAACUUUUUGGCUCCUGGUGUUAGUUCCUUCACAGAUUCUAACCAACAAGAAAGUAUCACAAAGAGAGAGGAAAACCAAGAACAACCUAGAAAUUAUUCACAUCAUCAGUUGAACAGCAGCAGUAAACAUAGCCAAGACCUAAGGGAUCAAGGAAACCAAGAGCAGGAUUCAAAUAUUUCCAAUGAAGAAGAGGAAGAAGAAAAAGAGCCAGGUGAAGUUGGUACCCACAAUGAUAACCAAGAAGGAAAGACAGAAUUGCCCAGGGAGGAUGCUAACAGCAAGCAGGAGGAAGACAAUACCCAAUCUGAUGACAUUUUGGAAGAGUCUGAUCAACCAACUCAAGUAAGCAAGAUGCAGGAGGAUGAAUUUGAGCAGGGUAACCAAGAACAAGAAGAUGAUAACUCCAAUGCAGAAAUGGAAGAGGAAAAUGCAUCGAACAUCAAUAAACACAUUCAAGAAACUGAAUGGCCGAGUCAAGAGGGUAAAACUGGCCUGGAAGCUAUCAGCAACCACAAAGAGAUAGAUGAAAAGACUGUUUCUGAGGCUUUGCUCAUGGAACCUACUGACGAUGGUACCAUGCCCAGAAAUCAUGGAGCUGAUGAUGAUGGCAGUGAUGAUGGCGAUGAUGGCCCCAGACACAGUGCAAGUGAUGACUACUUCAUCCCAAGCCAGGCCUUUCUGGAGGCCGAGAGAGCUCAAUCUAUUGCUUAUCCCCUGAAAAUUGAGGAGCAAAGGGAUAAAGCACAUGAAAAUGAAAAUAUAGAUACCAGUGAGCCUGGAGAGCACCAAGAGGCCAAGAAAGCAGAGAACUCAUCAAAUGAUGAGGAAACGUCAAGUGAAGGCAACAAGAGGGUGCAUGGUGUGGAUUCUUGCAUGAGCUUCCAGUGUAAAAGAGGCCACAUUUGUAAGGUAGACCAACAGGGAAAACCUCACUGUGUCUGCCAGGAUCCAGUGACUUGUCCUCCAACAAAACUCCUUGACCAAGUUUGUGGCACUGACAAUCAGACCUAUGCCAGUUCCUGUCAUCUAUUCGCUACUAAAUGCAGACUGGAGGGGACCAAAAAGGGGCAUCAACUCCAGCUGGAUUAUUUUGGAGCCUGCAAAUCUAUUCCUACUUGUACGGACUUUGAAGUGACUCAGUUUCCUCUACGGAUGAGAGACUGGCUCAAGAAUAUCCUCAUGCAGCUUUAUGAAGCCAACUCUGAACACGCUGGCUAUCUAAAUGAGAAGCAGAGAAACAAAGUCAAGAAAAUUUACCUGGAUGAAAAGAGGCUCUUGGCUGGGGACCAUCCCAUUGACCUUCUCUUAAGGGACUUUAAGAAAAACUACCACAUGUAUGUGUAUCCUGUGCACUGGCAGUUUAGUGAACUUGACCAACACCCUACGGAUAGAGUCCUGACACAUUCCGAACUUGCUCCUCUGCGAGCAUCUCUGGUGCCCAUGGAACACUGCAUAACCCGUUUCUUUGAGGAGUGUGACCCCAACAAGGAUAAACAUAUCACCCUGAAGGAGUGGGGCCACUGCUUUGGAAUUAAAGAAGAAGACAUAGAUGAAAAUCUCUUGUUUUGAAUGAAGAUUUUAAAGAACUCAACUUUCCAGCCUCCUCCUCUGUUCUAACCACUUCAGAAAUAUAUGCAGCUGUAAUACUUGUAGAUUUAUAUUUAGCAAAAUGUUUGCAUGGAUGACAAGACAAUGAGAGUAAUUGCUUGAUAACAACCUAUGCACCAGGUAUUUAACAUUAACUUUGGAAACAAAAAUGCAAAAUUAAGUAAAGUCAACAUAUGCAAAAUACUGUACAUUGUGAACAGAAGUUUAAUUCAUAGUAAUUUCACUCCCUGCAUCGACUUAUGAGAUAAUUAAUGAUAAAACUAUUAACGAUAAAAAUAAUGCAUUUGUAUUGUUCAUAAUAUCAUAUGCACUUCAAGAAAAUGGAAUGCUACUCUUUUGUGGUUUACGUGUAUUAUUUUCAAUAUCUUAAUACCCUAAUAAACAGUCCAUUAAAAUCCAAAUGCUU